GCUGAUCGAGCUGAGGACAGGGCUGUAUAUAAGUAGGGUCUCCUUCACAGAGAGAAAUGCAAGUGUUUUAUUUUGAAUGCUGUAUGAAGAGAAGCUGCUCAAGUGAUUUGUGUUUCCUGUUCCCUCUGGAUCGCUGUCAUAUUCGAGGCCUCUCUGGUCAGAUGAGCCAGGCUGAAAAAAUUCUUUGGAGCAGUUGAUGAGGAACAAACAAGGAUGAAGUUACCAGAUCAAAUGGCAUAAAUAAUGGAGCUUCUAGAGCUCUGGUGUCUAUUCUGUGGAAUUCUAAUCUGGUGGGCUGAAUGAUGUUGAACUCUUCCAAAGAAAGGUCCCACUAUAGUGUGUCUGGUUUUCACAAGAAAAAACACAAACUGUUAACAGCCCUCAAUUUUUACUGUUCAUCAACUAAUUUGGAAAAUAAAAGUCUGAUUUUUGGAAUAAACCUUUACUGUUGCUUGCCAAAACAAACCAUGAUAAAUGUUUUACAGAAGAGCUGAAAUCUUUCAAACAAGAUCCAAGCUCAGCAUUGAUGCAAGAGAAGCUAGUCAAAUAUUGCAAGAUGACAGAUGAGCCGAUUAAAGAGAUCUUGGGGAGUUCCAAAUGUCCUCAGUGUACAACACAGGAGAAAAGCAACAACAAUGACCACAGGGUAAUAGCUGUACCUUUGGUGAGUGAAUGCCAACUGACGGCUGCUACAGGGGGAGCUGAACUCUCCUGUUACCGCUGUACAAUCCCAUUUGGGGUGGUGAUCCUCAUUGCUGGGGUGGUGGUCACUGCAGUGGCAUAUAGCUUCAACUCCCAUGGAUCCAUCAUCUCCGUGUUUGGUUUGAUUCUCUUGUCAUCUGGACUCUUUUUGCUGGUGUCAAGUGCAUUAUGCUGGAAAAUCCGUCAGCACCACAAGAAGACCAAGAGACGUGAAAGCCAGACAGUUCUAGUGGCUAAUCAGAGGAACCUGUUUGCUUAAGAACUACAUUUAAAAAAAAAACUUCUAAAAAAGACUGAGAGAAUGCAAUGGGUCACAGAGUGCACAAAUCUAUUUAUUUUCAUUUGGGCUACAGGAUGUCUUUUAUUAAUGACAGUUUGGAUUUAUCAAUGUUAAGUAAACAGUUCUUGCAAAAUCAGGAAUAAUUGGUAUCCAUUUUAUCAUAAAGAUAUUUCAAGAUGCAUCAGGUUUAGUAGUUUCUUCCAUUUAGUCUCAUAUCGGCAUUUACCCCUCUCUCCAUUUAUGUUAUAAACAUAAAAGCAAGACAAGCUAAACUGAGAAAACUUAUAGUCAAAGAUAGCAGUAAGCAAUUGAAAAUGUAUAUAUGCCCAUAAGAACAAGGUAAUUCUUUGUUAACAGCUAUAUCUUUUCAUAGAAUUAUUUGUUUCAAGUAUAUAUAUGUAACAAGAGCUUAUCUUGAAUUACUUUCCUGAGAAGCAACUUUUGACAGCGAUUGGGAAGAGGAGCCUGUGAACAAUUCUAUUAUGGCUAAUAGUUGCAAAUAAAUCUGUGUCACUGUAGUAGUUAAUAAUUCUAUAUUUUUCUUUCCUAUAAAAGGCAGGAAAGCACCUAAACUUUAGCUGUUCUUCCACUCCAGAUUCCCCUUGAAAAAUGAGUUUCUACCUGUUGUUUACCUUUGUGUGGAACAAAGAGGUUCUGCCUCAGUACCAUCUCCCAAACUGAAAAUAACAAUUUCAUUGCAUGCUUCAUUGAUUAGCAUGUUUCCUUGAUUUACAGAGGGCUGCAAAUAAAGCAGUUCCCUUUUUCUUCUACAUCCAUUUGGCAAAACCAUCUUGAAAUGUUAUUUGCCUCCCUGUCCUUAUGCAUUGCCUCUGCUUACUGCCUUCCUCCUCCUCAGCUCCGUCUUCUGCACCGAAGAUUUUUGUUGUACUCCAAGCUAUUCUGGAUGCUUGGAUAAUAUUGGAAACAGGAAAUGUCAGGAAAAUUGAGAAGACAAUCAGAAAACACCUAAAAGUGCCAAAAGCCUGCUCAUGGCUUUCUCCUCCAAUUUUGUGGCAUUAUGUUUUCAAUAGAUGAAAAGUUCAUAUACAUAUUUCAUCGACUUAAUUUUUUAAGGCCUACAGUAGCUGAAUUUUCUCAAUCACUUCUUUACUCUUGUUUUGUUCCUAAGAAAUGUAUGGUACUUUUUCAAGAGAAAUACUGAACUUUUUAAAAUUUUGGGUGCUCAGGGGAGGGGGAUUAAUACUUAGACACAAGUUAAUCUCUAUGUUUAUUAGCCCAAAGUAAAGAACAAAAUAUCUGUAUAGCUAAAAGUGUCCUUUUUUUUCUAUAAAUUUCAUUAUUAUAAUGCUCUCAUACUUAGCACUUUGGGGUGGUUUUGAUAUUUUUUUAACGAACCGUUCAUUUUAAAAAUAAUAAACUAUUUCUGCUGCUAGAGCUUCACAAGGUUUAGUUAUUUCCAUUCUGAUCUGGUACAGGGAAUCCUUAACUUACGACCACAAUUGAGCACAAAAUUUAUGUUGCUCAGUGAGAAAUUUGUUAAGGGAGUUUUGCCCCAUUUUAUGACUUUUCUUGCCACAUUUAUUAACUGAAUC